AUGAGUUCUUAAUAAAAUAAAUAGAAAGAUGUUGUCAAUAAAUAAAUGAUAUUUGCACUGAAUCCAAAACCUGAUUUUAAUAUAACUAAUCCAAUCAAAAUCAAUAAAUCUAAUACUUAUGAUCCUAACUAUGUGAAAAGUGAACCAUCAUAAAAAACAACAAAUUAAAUAUCUAAUUCAAACAUUGGAACAUUUUAAGACAUAGAAUAAUAAGUAUAUUCUAUUAUCAUCAUCUUAGAAAUAAAAUAAUGAGUCUAAAUGUUUAAAAAAAUAAAAUAAAAUUAAGUACAUAGCAACCAGGUAAUUAAGUCAAUAUAUUAGUUUAGAUCAAUUGCUGGAUUGAAAGCCUAUACUAAAACAUUGAAAGAUAAUUAAGAUUCCUUAUUCUACAAGUUAGAAAUCAAUAAAUAAAUUGAUAAAAAUAUAUUCCUUUUGGCUGAUGGUCAUGGUGAAUAAGGAGCUAAAGUAUCUUAAUUUGCAAUAAAACAACUUUCUGAUUGCAUUUUUGAUAUGAUCUAAUCCAUGAAAACUCAACCAUAAUUUAUUGAGUAACUUAAUUCAAAUAUUACAGCAUUCUUCUAAUAAAUUGAUUCCAAUCUAGUAAUCAAAUCAAUUAACAUAAUUAUUAGGCAAAUCUAUCCAAUAUUGAUAUCACUGAUAGUGGUUCUACAAUGAAUUUGGUUUUGACUUAUGAAAAUUAUUUAAUAUCUGCAAAUAUUGGAGACACAAGAACAUUUUAUUUUCAAAGAAGUGAUAAACCAGAUUAACUUGGACCUUCUACAUUAAGAAUUAAAUAAUUAUCAAUUUAGCAUACUCCUGAAAAACCAUAAGAAUCAUAAAGGAUUUUGGAAUCAGGUGGAAAAAUUGAGUAAGAAACUUAAGGUUUUCAAAAGACUGGACCAUUAAAAGUGAAAUCAAAAAAAUAAGAUAUAAAUGGUGCCACCAUUACAAGAUCUUUUGGUGAUGCCUUAGCAAAAUAAAUUGGAAUCAUUUCACUACCUGAAAUCCAUAAUUUCUAAAUUUAGCAAGAAGGUUUUUUAAUAUUAGCCACUGGAUCUAUUUUGGAUAUGAUUGAUAUUAUAGACAUUUGUAGAAUCUUAACACCAAUCACUCCUCCUAAUAGUUAAGCAGCCAUUGAUCAUGCAGCAGGAUAAAUUAUAGAAGAGGCAAGAAAAAAGUCUAAACUUUAACCUGAUAUAUAGGAUGAUUAUUCAUUGAUUUUAGUUUAUAUUGAAAUAGAUUUAGCUUGA